AUGGCGGCUCCCAGCGGCCGCCGGCCGCAGCCCGCGGGGCCGGGCGGGGGCAGCGGGGCCGGGCCCGGGGCUCUGCGGGGCGCCGAGGAGGACGCCGAGGGUCUCUACGUGGCGGUGGAGCGGUGCCCGCUCUGCAACACCACGCGCCGCCGCCUCACCUGCGCCAAGUGCGUGCAGAGCGGCGACUUCGUCUUCUUCGACGGGCGCGACUCCGAGAGGUUUUCAGACAAGAAAGAGAGGCUUAUGCAUCUUAAAACCAAACAGAGAGAAUUCCAAAAACAUGUUUUGAAGGCCAUGGAAGGGAAAGAAAUAACUGAUCAGCUGAGAUGGAAAAUAAUGUCUUGCAAGAUGAGGAUUGAGCAGCUGAAACAGACCAUUUGCAAAGAAAAUGAUGAAAUGACAAGACACACAGAGGGGCUGCUGAGGAUUAAAGAGGAGAACCAGAAGCAUUAUCGCAGGGCUCAGAGGCACCAGGAGAAGAAGGAGAAGAUCCAGAAGCACAACAGGAAGCUGGGAGACCUGGUGGAGAAGAAAACCUACGACCUGAAAACGCAGUACGAGCACCUGGCAAACCUGCGGCGGACGCACAUCCUGGAGCUGACCUCGGUCAUCUUCCCCAUCGAAGAGGUGAAGACAAGCAUGAGGGACCCUGCGGACGUAUCCUCAGAGAGUGACAAUGCCAUGACCUCCAGCACUGUGAGCAAGCUGGCAGAAGCACGGAGAACCACGUACCUGUCCGGGAGGUGGGUGUGUGACGACCACAACGGGGACACCAGCAUCAGCAUCACGGGGCCCUGGAUCAUCCUCCCCAACAACGGGGACUACUCAGCUUACUACAGCUGGGUGGAGGAGAAGAAGACUACACAGGGACCUGAUAUGGAACAUAAUAACCCUGCUCAUACCAUCAGUGCUGCAUUGUGCUAUGCAACUCAGCUUGUUAACACUUUGUCUCUCAUACUUGAUGUAAAUCUUCCCAAGAAGCUCUGCAACAGUGAAUUCUGUGGAGAGAAUCUCAGCAGACACAGGUUCACACGAGCAGUGAAGAAGCUGAAUGCUAAUAUCCUUCACCUCUGCUUCUCUCAGCAUGUAAAUUUAGAUCUGUUGCACCCCCUGCAUACCCUCAGGAACCUCAUGUACCUGGUCAGCCCAGACACCGAGAACUUGGGCAGGUCCGGCCCCUUUGAAAUCAGCGCUGACCUGGAGGACUCCAUGGAGUUCGUGGAGCCCAGCGCGGCGGGCGAGACGGACGAGAGCGGCGACGAGCACGUGAGUGACGAGGAGACGGACCUGGGCACGGACUGGGAGAACCUGCCCAGCCCCAGGUUCUGUGACAUCCCCUCGCAGCAGGUGGAGAUGCUGCAGAGCCAGAGCACCCAGGUGUCCCAGCCCAUCGCCAGCAGCAGCGCGGGCGGGAUGAUCUCGUCCGCCGCCGCCUCGGUCACCUCGUGGCUCAAGGCCUACACUGGGCACCGCUAGCGGGCACAGGGGGCUGUGCCAGGAACCCCUCCCCAACUGUGCUGUAGUCAACCUUUACCUGUUCAGUUAAGUAGUGCCUGGAACAAAGGAAAGGUCAGACUUCCGUUUUGUAAACCGGAGAAAACCUUUUUAUUUACCCAAAACGACUGUGACGGCCCCGUUUUGUAAAUGAGCUCCGUGCUGCCCACGGAUUCCACGAGGGCACUUUGUGUCUCGGUUCUGUCUGCAUCGAGGAUUGUGAAAGGACCCAGCAACCUCCAGCUCUACUUUCUGAAGAAGAAACAGAUUUUGGAGCGUUUGGAUUGGGGUGAGCGCAGGGAAGGCUGCUCAGGGCACGGUCUGGACAGUGGUGCAAACGCAGUUCCCACUUUCUUAACUCCUUACAGGGUUUUCCUUUGUGUGUGUGUUUUAAAUCUGUCUUGCAUAAUGCAAAAAUGCGUAUUUCUAAAUUUUUUUCAUUCAGGACAUGAAAAUUAUGCAUUUUUAACAUGUUUUCUAAUCUCUGUUGCCAUAUUUUUAAUACAAAUGAUCAGCAUGGACAGGGAAUUCACACAGCAAAUUGCUCUUGGUUUAGAUUUGGUUGUGAAUCUUUACCCAGUUUUGCCAUAGAAAACUGGCUCGUUCCAUGCUGUUUCCACUGGUAGGUGUAGAAGUUUUGUGUUGUGCUGAGGCACACAGGCUCUGUGCUCUUUAAUACCAUACACCAAAGAAACACUGGACAUUCUCUUGCUAGACCCACAUUCGAUGCUGAUACAGAAUUGCAUUGUUGCAAUAAUAUCCAUCGGUUACCACACCACGUUGCCAUUUUUUAGCAUUAGAAAAACCUCAUUUCCAGCUAAUUUGGUGAAAUCACGCGCUCUCCACACUACAUGUGUUUUUAACCCUAUUUUAUUGUAUGUUCUUGGUGGGGUUUGUUGUUUACUGACUGCUAAGCUGGUUUGGUUUCCCUGGCACAGCUGGCUCGUGGAUCCCCAGGAGGUGGGUGCUGAACUCGGUGAGCCAGGGCUCCUUCUCUUCCUCUGCCUUGCAGGACGGGGGGUUUGCUCAGCAGAGCUUCCAACGUUUACAUUUAGAGCUGGGACAGUUCCUCCACAGGGCCAGCCAGGGAAGAGCCUCCUGCCCUCCCUGCACGAGGGAGGAUUUCUGGCACUGCCCCACAGCUUGUGGGGACACAGCUCCUAACGAGGACACGGUGACAGAGGGCACAUCCCUGCCUGAUCCCAGCUUUCCCAGCCUCCUCACAGGGUGUUCUGUGGUGGAUUUCUCUGUUCCUCUCCAGGCUGGCCAGCGCUGCCUCUGUCCCCAGCCAGGAGGGGUGGGAAGCCAGGUGUGGCAGUGACACCUGUGUGCCCCAUGCCAGGGGUCUGGCUGAACAUUGUGUCACCCACCCCUCCACGGCAGCUUCAGCCCUGAGCUUGGGCAUCUCUUGUCAGCAGUUUCUUCCAAUUUUUUUAUUUUUUCUUUUUUUUUUUUUUUAAACCAAAGACCCUUAACUCUGCUUACGUUGUUAGACAACACCACCCUCGCUCCUGCCGCUCCUCUGCUCUGAGAGUUGGGUUUGUUUUAGGAGAACAGCCCAGGCCCCUGGGCUGCUGCAGCCCGAGGGGGUCAGUGCCCCCAGCCCCGCUGCCAGGCCCAGCCCAGGCCUUUGGGCUCUGUGGCUCACAGCACUUUAUCACUCACAGCUCUGAGCAACCAGCACACGCCAGUAUUGGAAACUGGGCUCACAGCCCAGCCCCUUCUGCUUCCCCAUGGAUUUUGCACUGGAUCUCACCAUCUAAAAACCUUUUUUUGGUUGUUUUUUAACAGGCAUUUCAGUCCCUUUUUCAUUGCUGCCUUUGCGCUUUGAGCUCUGGAAGGUCAGGCCAUGACUCAGCCUCGUGCACUGUCACUGAACUUAGGGAAAGAAAAUCCAACACAAUAACUUUUCUAAGCCAUAUAUUUCAUAUCCAUGUUUUCCAAAAUAAUUUAUUUCCAACCCUGUCAUACCCUGAGAGUGCACAAGGGCACCGUGGGGGUGUUCAGAUGUGUUAAGAGAGGGCUUUUCAUGGAACCUUUUUUUGUAACAGAACACAAGGUUGUGGUGGAGUUUUUUUUUUAGUGUUUUGCACAUGUGUAGCUGAGGAAGAACAGUAUGUCCAAACCUUGAGUGCAAUCACCAGGAUUCAUUUCCCAGGUUGUUUGGGGGGUUGGGGGAGGGAGGAUGGGAAUAUCUGUAAUUAUAGAUAUUUGAAGGCAGCCAGCUGAGAGUUUACAAAACAUUUUGUGUAGCAUGAACACGGGAAUUUCAGUUUGGGCUGGGAUUUCUGGUCCUGACCAGUGGCCUGGGGUGGCCAAUUCAGGCUGCCAAGGAAGAGCCUGAUUUUUGGGGGCCCAGCCCUGUGCUGAAAAUCAGGUGCCUGGGCAGGGUCUGGGGUGGGGACCUGGGGGUGGCUUUUUCACCUGCGGAAACUCGCGGCCCCUCUCUCGCAACUUCCAGACUUAAAAUGUAACUAAACACAAAUGGUUUGGUUUUUGUUGGGUUUUUUUUUUUGGGUUUUGGUGGUUUUUUUUUUCUUCUAAAUUUUAUUGUAUUAUUGCAAUAAAUCUUUAACAGUAAUUUUUUUAAAGUUGUAUAUUUAUGACUGUUAUUUCUGUGUGGUUUGUUUUUCACUGUGCUGGGCAAAGAACACAAGAAUUUCCAGCCUUCAAAGCAUCACAGGGACCAGACCUGUUACAGUGCAAUCAGUUGUACAGCGGUGGAAUAAGCAAUACCCAUUCUAAAAAAAUACUCUUACAUAAAAUAACUGCAUCUCCAUGGGAGCAGGGGGUGGAGUCCUGCACAACACACACACACACAUCCCUCUCUGUA